AAAAGGCACGCCCCAUGAAAAAACGAAUAAGAUACAGUUGCUAAAAACCCUAAUUUGUUUCAAGUAAAAGUAGAAUCUUUGUGAUUCCAAUAAACAUAAAGGAUCUCUCUUCUCCUCUAUUAUUGCAGCUUUAUUAACUUUACCUACUUUUCAUUUCACUUUUUUUUUUUGUCUGAUUCUACUCAACAUGUGUGGAAUUCUUGCGGUAUUUGGAUGUCUUGAUACGUCCCAAGCUAAGCGGUCUAGAAUCAUUGAACUCUCCAGGAGGUUACGUCAUAGAGGCCCUGACUGGAGUGGUCUACAUUGUUUUGAGGAUUGUUAUCUUGCUCAUCAGAGAUUAGCUAUUGUUGAUCCUACUUCAGGAGAUCAACCUCUUUAUAAUGAGGACAAGACUAUUAUUGUUACAGUCAAUGGAGAGAUCUAUAACCACAAACAGUUAAGAGAGAAGUUGAAGUCACAUCAAUUUCGUACUGGUAGUGAUUGUGAAGUGAUUGCUCACCUUUAUGAAGAGUAUGGAGAGGAAUUUGUGGAUAUGCUGGAUGGGAUGUUCUCCUUUGUACUUCUUGAUACACGUGACAAAAGCUUCAUUGCUUCUCGUGAUGGUAUUGGUAUCACCCCACUGUACAUGGGUUGGGGUCCGGAUGGAUCAGUUUGGUUUGCUUCAGAGAUGAAGGCCUUAAGUGAUGACUGCGAACGAUUCAUCACUUUUCCUCCUGGACAUAUAUAUUCAAGCAAACAAGGUGGGCUAGGAAGGUGGUACAAUCCGCCAUGGUUCUCUGAGAAGCUACCUUCAACUCCAUAUGACCCAAAGGUUUUACGUGAAGCUUUUGAAAGGUCUGUGGUUAAGAGAUUGAUGACAGAUGUCCCUUUUGGUGUUCUUCUAUCGGGUGGACUUGAUUCAUCUCUUGUUGCGGCUGUGGCAUCUCGUCACUUGGAAGAAACAGAAGGAGCAUACCAAUGGGGCUCACAACUGCAUUCCUUUUGCAUUGGAUUGAGGGGUUGUCCAGAUCUCAGAGCUGCAAGAGAAGUUGCUGAUUAUCUUGGGACUCGUCAUCAUGAGUUAUGUUUCACUGUCCAGGAAGGCCUUGAUGCACUUGAAGAAGUGAUAUAUCAUAUUGAAACCUAUGAUGUUACAACAAUUAGAGCAAGCACCCCAAUGUUUCUGAUGUCUCGUAAAAUAAAAGCUCUUGGAGUAAAGAUGGUUCUUUCUGGUGAGGGAUCUGAUGAAAUUUUUGGUGGUUACUUGUAUUUUCACAAGGCACCUGACAAGAAGGAAUUUCACGAGGAAACAUGCAGAAAGAUCAAAGCUCUCCAUCAGUAUGAUUGCCUGAGGGCCAACAAAGCAACAUCAGCCUGGGGUGUUGAAGCACGUGUUCCCUUCUUGGAUAAAGAUUUUAUCAAUAUUGCUAUGAGUAUUGAUCCCGAGUGGAAAAUGAUUAAACGUGAUCAAGGUAGGAUUGAGAAAUGGGUUUUGCGCAAUGCUUUUGAUGAUGAUAAGAAGCCUUAUCUACCCAAGCACAUACUGUACCGGCAGAAGGAACAGUUCAGUGAUGGAGUGGGAUACAGUUGGAUUGAUGGUUUGAAGGAUCAUGCUAGAAAACAUGUUACAGAUUCAAUGUUAGCAAACGCUAGUUUUGUUUAUCCUGAAAAUACUCCGAUUACAAAAGAAGGAUACUACUACCGGGCUAUUUUUGAAAAAUUCUUUCCAAAGAAUGCUGCUAGACAAACAGUUCCAGGUGGUCCUAGUGUUGCUUGCAGUACUGCAAAAGCAGUGGAAUGGGAUGCAUCAUGGUCGAAAAACCUUGAUCCCUCUGGCCGUGCUGCUCUUGGAGUUCACGAAGCUUCUUAUGAGGAAGCAGACGGCUCUAAAAAUGCUAAUUCAGUGGGUGACUCCUGUCAAACUCUGGGAGGUCAAGAUGAGGUUAUGAAAAACAUUACCUCUGUCGUCUAAGGGGAGGGAUGUGGUUGUGCAUCAUUUCUCGGGAAACAAUUUCAUGGCAGCUCUUCAGUAGUAGCAGAGGAAAUUUGAUGCAGGACAUUGCUCAUGUUUGAUAUUACAUAUUUCUUGGAUUAGUUAUGUUUCAGUUAUUAAUUUAUGUCAUCUGAAAUUGUUCGUUUAGAUCAUCAGUUAUUAAUUUAUGUCAUCUGAAAUUGUUCGUUUA